UUAUUUUUAUUUAUAUUUAUUUUUUUUUUACUAAAGUUUUUGUUUUAAAAUGAAAGGUUUAUUACAAAUCUAAAUCGACCAAUUAAAAGUUAAAGUUCUCUCGUAAUAAAAAUAUAAAUAAAAAAGCAAAACUAAAUAAAUAAAAUUUGUCACUCUUUAAAUCGUAAAAUUAAUUAAUUCCUUCUUUAUAUAUAUUAUUUUAAUGAAAUUAAUCUUUUUAUAGUAUUAAUUAUUAUGGGAAUUAAUCUUUCAAAAAAACGUUUACGUCCAUUACGUUCGAGCGGUUCAACAUCUACAACUACUACUAUUAGUUCUUCUGAUUCAUCUAUCUUAACUAGGAACGAUUCUUUUACUAGUCAAGAAGAUUUAGAGAUAGAACCCCUCUUUCCCUUGAGUAGAUCACAGUAUGAACAGGUCCAGGCAUGGAAAGAACAACACCUUUUAUCUAAAGAAACUUGGGGUGAGCAUUUUAUAGCACCAGUUAAUGAAUGGUUAAAAUUUGGUGUUAAGGUACUGGAUAUGGGGUGUGGCACAGGCAUGUGGUUAACUGAUGUUGGAUCAGAGUAUCCAUUGUCUGAUUUUAUUGGGGUAGAUAUUCUGCCUUUAAUAAUAAAACGACAUCCUCCAAAUGUCGAGUUUAUCCAAGCGGACAUUAAAAUCCGUUUACCAUUCCCUGAUAUGUCCUUUGAUUAUGUACACAUGCGUCAUCUUCUCUUCUAUUUCACGGAAAAUGACUGGAAAAAUAUGGUAAUUCCAGAAUUAAUCCGUGUUUUGAAACCUGGAGGAUACCUCGAAAUAGCUGAAGCUGACAUUGAAUGGUAUAAUGCUUCACCACUUACGAAGACUUUAAUUAGUGCCGCACAUAACGUAAUGAGACAAAGAGGAAUUAAUCCAUUUAUUAUUAAUCGAAUACGAGAAAUUAUGGACAACACUGGAAUGUUCCAGGGAAUUUAUCAUAAGACCGCAGAUUCCCAGAUUGGAAAAUGGGAAAAGAGUAAAGGAGAGCGCGUUUUAAAAUCUUGCGUGGCGUUAUUUACUGGAAUUCGAGUUCCAUUAUGCAGAAUAUUACAAAUAUCAGACGAAACGCUUGAUAGCUACAUAAAACAGUUUAAAGCUGAUGUUGAUAUUUACAAAACAUAUUGUAAGGUUCAUAGGUUUUAUGCUGCAAAAAAGUAUUAAGAUAAGUUUUUUAAGAGUUUAACAUUAAGCAUAAGAAUAUAAGAAAGAAUUAUAGUAUAUUAUUAUGAUUGAAUAUGAUAACUGGCUAUUUUAAUAACCUUAAGAGUAAAUUCAUAUUGAUAAAAAAUAAAGAUUUUUG